AUAUUUCUGGGGCCUGUACUUGGAGAAAGAAACGAUUUUUUUCAAAUCUGUGAACAGGACAUUUUUCUUUAAUGUCAAAAUAAACCAUCUGCUUGUACAACUGUUUCUAAUUACUUCCCAGCCUAGACGCUCCACUUGAGGGGUUUGGUACCAGCACCCCGCCCAGAGCGGUGCCGCUGCCCGGGUCCUCGCAGGCAGCUCAUCGACGCAUUGGCAGCUCGGGGAGAGCCUGGACCUGCGCGCCGGGGUGUCUGUGGGUCCGUCUGCCAGGCCAUCUGCCAGGGGCACCUCUCCGCCCUGCAGCCUCCGCGAGUCCCGUGCCGCAGAGGCGCCGCCGCCUGCCCAGCGCGGGGCUCAGCAUGCGUCCCGCAGGCUUCAGGAACUUCUUGCUGCUGGCGUCCUCCCUGCUGUUCGCGGGGCUGUCAGCUGCUCCUCCAAGCUUCUCGCCAUCUCUGAGAAGCGGGCCGGGGGCGGCGUGCAGGCUGGCCCGGGCCGAGUCGGAGCGGCGGUGCCGGGCGCCCGGGCAGCCCCCAGGGGGCGCUUUGUGCCACGGCCGGGGCCGGUGCGACUGCGGGGUCUGCAUCUGUCACGUGAGCGAGCCUGGCAUGUACUUCGGACCCCUGUGUGAGUGCCACGAGUGGGUGUGCGAGACCUACGACGGCAGCACUUGUGCAGGCCAUGGUAAGUGUGACUGUGGCAAAUGCACGUGUGAUGAAGGGUGGUCCGGGGAUGCGUGCCAGUACCCAACCAACUGUGACCUGACCAGGAGAAAAAGCCACCAGAUGUGCAAGAAUUCUCAAGAUAUCAUCUGCUCUAAUGCCGGUACAUGUCACUGUGGCAGGUGUAAGUGUGAUAAUUCAGAUGGAAAUGGACUUGUUUAUGGUAAAUUUUGUGAGUGUGAUGAUAGAGAAUGCAUAGAUGAUGAAACGGAAGAGAUAUGUGGAGGCCAUGGAAAGUGUUACUGUGGAAACUGUUACUGCGAGGCUGGUUGGCAUGGAGAUAAAUGUGAAUUCCAGUGCGAUAUCACCCCCUGGGAGAGCAAGAGGAGAUGCACAUCUCCAGAAGGCAGAAUCUGCAGUAACAGAGGGACUUGUGUGUGCGGUGAGUGUUCCUGCCACGACGUCGACCCCACUGGAGACUGGGGAGACAUUCAUGGGGACACCUGUGAGUGUGAUGAGAGGGACUGUCGAGCUGUCUAUGACAGAUAUUCCGAUGACUUCUGUUCAGGUCAUGGGCAAUGUAAUUGUGGAAGAUGCGACUGCAGAGCAGGCUGGUAUGGAAAGAAGUGUGAGCACCCACGUUCCUGCCCGCUGUCGGCUGAGGAGAGCAUCAGGAAGUGCCAAGGCAGGGCUACUCUGCCCUGCUCCGGAAGGGGUCAGUGUGAAUGCGGCCGAUGUACGUGCUACCCUCCCGGAGAUCGCAGGGUCUACGGCAGGACGUGUGAGUGCGACGACCGCCGCUGUGAAGACCUUGACGGUGUGGUCUGCGGAGGCCAUGGCUCGUGUUCCUGCGGUCGCUGCGUUUGUGAGCGAGGCUGGUUUGGAAAGCUCUGCCAGCAUCCCAGGAAGUGCAAUAUGACGGAGGAACAAAGCAAGAGUUUGUGUGAAUCAGCAGAUGGCAUAUUGUGCUCAGGAAAGGGUUCUUGUCACUGUGGAAAGUGCAUUUGUUCUGCUGAAGAAUGGUAUAUUUCGGGAGAAUUCUGUGACUGUGAUGACAGGAACUGUGACAAGCACGAUGGUCUCAUCUGCACAGGAGGCGAACAGUUAGAAGGGCUGCAGCAGGAGACCUGUGCACCCCCUGUGGAGAAGCCGCCCCCAGCCCUCAAACCCUCAGGGCAACGGAACGUUUAGAGCAAGAAUUCAUAUUCUCCGGGAUUUGUGAGGAAAGGAUGCGGUACCACUGUACUCUUCACAUAAAGUGGACCAUUUACAUCUCUUGUGUAAUUUUUUCUGGUAGAGUUUAGUAAAACACUUUAGAAAGCAAACUUAAAAUAAAAAUGGUGACACUUGAAAUAUUAAAACAACACUCCUGACCAUUGAUGAGGGGUGGGUGAAGCAAUUGGCUACCAUAAGAAAUCAGUAGAAAUAACCCUCCUAUAGCAGAUAUGCAUGCAAGGGGAUGUGAUAUUGGAGAGACUCGAUACAAUUAACAUGUACAUGGAGGUACAAAACACACGGCCUGUAAAUACAAAUGAAUUCCAUCAUAUUUACUAUGCAGAACAUCAAUAGUAACAGAUUACACUUACUUAACAACAGCAAACCUAAUUUUGGAAGGGAAAAAAUGGUGGAGUCUUACCCCGGAAGAAUAGCUAGAGAGGUAUCAUCAAAGAGCUAAAAUUUUCUUUGGCAUGGUAGACCGGAAAAUUGAAUUCACCAACUUAUUUACAUGACAGUUCUCUAUAUUUGUGGGUGAUGAAAUGCCAUUUUGUUACAUAAAGUUGUUUGAUGUUUUAUAAUAUGCCUUUGUAUAAAUAUUUUAUUUCAACAUGUAUUUGUGAGUACAAAUGAUAGUAAACACAGAAACUGUACAAUGCAGACAAACUCUAUGUAUGUAAAUUGAGUCAUACAUACCAACAUUUCUUGAUACACACGUCCUAUUACAUGCAGUUCAUCCAGUGUUGUCCUCGUCCUAUGCAACAGGUGAGACCAGACACCAGGAAGUGGUCUAAUUACAAAUAACAAGGACCCCUCUGCAAUAUGACUAAACACAUAUUAGAAGAAAGUAUUUUGACAUCCAUUCAUAGGGAUAAAUGCCCUUAGAGACAACUGGGAUAAAGCCCAAACUGAGGUGCAUAUUGACAUAAAUGUGUCCUUUACGAAAAUAAAUCUUAUCUUAAUUUUAACCAAUAAACGGGCCUGCAGGGGAAAAAGAAACUAAUAAGUCAAGCUGAUUACCAAAAAGAGUAGGUGGGGUUGUUUGAUGUGUGUGUGUGUGUGUGUGUGUGUGUGUGUGUGUAUGUGCGUGCACAUGCACACACACUUGUAGGGUGUAGGUAAGCACUGUCUAUAAGCCCAUCUAAUUGGAAUUUCAAGUUAAAUUAUUCAUAGUUUGCCACAUGUUAUGGAAUAUAUGUCUUCCCUAAAUAAUUGGUUAAUGAAAUUCAUCUUAUGUAUUUCAUCCUGUUAAAAACCAUAGACUUUAAUCUGGCGUAAUGAGAAAUCAAGAAUGGUCAAAGGAAUCAUUUUGUGGUAUUUUCUUACUUAAGCAUUACCGACAAUAAAUCUACUCAAACGUUAUGCUAACUUUUUAUUUAUUAAAAUGGAAUCCAAUAUGAAAAUGAAAUAAGCAUAAACAGUUAAAUUUAUACUAAAUCUUUAAUCAGCUAAGCAGGCCAAAAUUUUUAAAUGCUGGGCAAGGGCUGUCAUGGAGACUUAGGAAAACGGUGACAAAAUAAUUUCCCAGGUAAAUACAGUGCAGGUGGGGGAAGAUGGCAACUGGGUCAUCCUUCUACAUGGAAAUAAUAACAAGAAGCCAGCACACUGAUCCCACAUGUAGGUUUCUAUAAAUGAGGUUCAGUUUGGUCUCAAUGAACUCUUCUGAGCAGAAAACGCUGAAUUUUAUUAAGUAUACACAGUCAACAAAUAUUUCCAAACAGUUUAGUACUAAACAUUUUGAAACUUUAUAUCCAAUAUUGAACAUUUGGCAUGGUUGCUUCACUGUGUAGUCAACUAUCCAUAGUCUUUCUU